ACUGAGUCAACGAUGCGUGCCAAGCAGCAGUAACAAUAACAAAAAACUAAAGACCAACCAAAUAUAGUACAGCAAAAUCCAAAUCGAAAUCAAAACACAAACCAUAAGCACCUCUCAAUAUAUCACAUUGUACAUUGCUAAUGAAACAAUCCGAAAGCUCGACACGUACCGCAAAGAUACCUGCCUUCUAUAUACAUUUAUAUAUAUAUUCGUGCAUAGAUCUAUCUACACUCAUCAAUAUACAUAGAUCAUAACGCAUUGUGGCAUUAAAAUAACCAGUAAACCACUUAAAAAACAAAACAAAAACAAAGAGUUUUACCAUGGAUCAAACGCGCAGCCUUCUAAGCAAACAGUCCAAGGAUGUCGAAUUUCAGGAUGUUUUCUACACAGUCGAUCAGCGAGCUAAUUUCUUUCGCGUUACGGGCCAGCGACAGAUCUUGCGAGGCGUUAGCGGCAGCUUCCGUAAUGGACAGCUAUCGGCUAUAAUGGGCCCCUCGGGGGCUGGAAAAAGCAGUUUGCUAAACGCGAUUUCGGGUUUCAGAACAACUGGGGUUAAGGGUAACUUUAAAGUGCAGCGGGAUAAUGCCUGCUAUAUAACGCAGGAUGAUCGUCACCAGACGCUGCUCACCGUCGAGGAGCUAAUGAAUCUCUCGUAUGACCUGAAACUGAAGCAGCGGCACAAAAAGGAGGAGCUACUCACGAAAAUACUUAAGAAUCUGAAUCUCGAUCAUCGCCGCAAUGUCACCGCCGAGCAACUCAGCGGCGGUGAACGGAAGCGACUCUCGAUUGCCCUCGAACUCGUGGACAAUCCGAAUAUCUUCUUCCUCGACGAACCCACAAGCGGUCUGGAUGAGGUGACGGCAGCCCAGUGCAUUCGCCUACUGAGGGAAAUGGCCCACGAGGGUCGCACCAUUGUCUGCACCAUACAUCAGCCCUCGGCGACGAUCUACAACUACUUCGAUAGCAUCUAUGUGCUCGCCAAGGGACUGUGCGUCUAUCAGGGUAACCCACUGGCGACAAUACCCUUCCUGCGCCUCGCCCAACUCGAUUGCCCACGCCACUACAGUCCGUCGGAUUACAUCAUUGAAGUAAUUGAUGCGGAGGACGGACAUCUGGUGCCGCUGCUCAGUGAACUGACUGACAAUGGCAAACUGACUUAUCGGGCCAAUCAGCCGGCAUUGGAGGACACUCAGCUGGUGGCACAGCAGGCGAUAACGACGCUAUUUGUGGAGCAGCCAAAGCGUCAGUGUUUGUCCGCUUUCUUUGCCGGCACCGCUGCCUCAACGGAUGGCACAUUGAUGGGCGCAGCGGGUGCGUUGCUCGAGCAGAUGAAAUUCUUCACACAGCAUCUGCAUCACCGGGAGCGACGUGAGAUAUCCGGGCUGCAACAGUUCCUGGUGCUGAUGCGUGUGAUGCUGUUGCGGACGAUGCGAGCGCGUCUGGCGUUGGUCAUCCAACUGUUCCAUCAUACGCUGUGCGGCCUGUUCUUUGGCAUGAUCUUCUUUCAGCUUGGCAAUCAGGGCGGACGCAUGUUUGAUCAUCUCAAGUUCUGCAUCGGCGCCGUGCUCAUGAUCGUCUACACGCAGGUGAUGGUGCCCAUACUCAGCUAUCCGGCUGAUGUCAAGCUGGUCAAGAAGGAGACCUUCAAUCGCUGGUACACACUCACGCCCUACUAUUUGGCGCUGACCAUAUCGCGAUUGCCACUCCAAGUGCUGCUCAAUUUCACAUUUAUGGCCAUGACCUAUUGGAUGUCUGGAUUGCCCCAACAGCUGUGGCGCUUCUGCAUUUUCGUUGCCGUUGGAUUAAUGAUCUCCCUGGUGGCCGAGGGCAUGGGUCUGGCCAUUGGCGCCACCUUCAGCAUAACCAAUGGCAGCGUUGUGGGUCCUAUGUUAAUAGCACCACUGAUGGGUCUUGCCGUUUAUGGAUUCGAUUUUGCGUCCCAGAUCUCUGGUGGAAUGAAUCUGCUGAUGAAAUUCAGUUAUGUUCGUGUGGGAGUUGUCGCCCUAAUUCUGACCGUCUUUGGCUUCCAGCGCGAAGAGUUGGACUGCGAUGAAAUCUAUUGUCACUUCGGUGAUCCGCGGGUGCUGCUCCGCUUCUUGGAUAUUGAGAAGGUGUCGAUACUGCAUCAGUUCGGCCUGCUUGCCAUGCUGAUGAUCUUCUUUCGCGUCAUCAUGUACAUCAGUCUGCGCAAACGCUGCUACACCUGAGCCACCCCACAAUGAGCAGAAUCUGCUCUAGUUAUAGCAAAAGUCUAUGCUGUGAUUUGAUAUAAUUCACCAUGUAUAUAUAUAUAUAUAUAUAUAUGCAGGUGCCUAGCUAGUUAUAGGUGUAAGUGCUACUUUAUGUAUUAUGUGCACACUUGAUUGCCGACAAGUAAACACUCAGAUAAAUUGGUGCUUGAUACCCCCUAAAUUUGUAAAUACGUGCUAAGAUGUAGCUGCCCACAGCUGUUGCUCCCUAUUUGUAAGCAUAAUUUAGCUUAGAUUUCUGGUUAUAGCGACGAAUCCAUUAUGUACAUAAGACAAAUUAUAUUUUUACAUAUUGAAAAAAAAGAUUAAAUACGAUGUUUUUAUA